AUGGCGAGCGCGGGCUCCCCCGCCCUCUCCAAGAUGGCGGCUGGCGGCCCGGCGGCGCGGCGGGCGGGGACGGCGCAGUGUUCUUCACGCAAUGCAGCUGACAGACGACCCUCAAAGAGGCUAAAAUGUGAAAAAAACAGUCUAGUAAAAUCAGAACUAGAAAGACUUGCAUGUGGAAGUGAAAACCUUGCUGCAUUGGGGGAAACGCCUAAAACAUCUGAUGGGGAUCGACGUUCAGAAGAUCCUGGAGACCAUAAUAUAAUUCAACAGAAAAAAGGUGAAAGCAUUCCAGAGACUGAUGAAGACAAACAGGAAAAGGAGCAUAAUGUUUCUCUUGAGCCACGUGCAGUGAAAUCAAGCGGCGCUCCCUCAAAAACGGACAGUGCUGAAAAUCUGCACAAUCAUGCCUGCAGUGAAGAAGAGAGCAGCUGUGAGAGUGUACUUUCAGAUGGGUCUAGCUUGGAGGAUGGAGAUCUCCUGAAGAAGCCAAUACAACUAGACAGUGUUGCUUUCUUGGACGAAGACAGCAACCAGCCAAUGCCAGUGGACCGGUUCUUUGGAGAUGUUGAGUUUAUACAGGAUCUCCCAGCAGUUGCACUCCCAAGCACAACGAUGAGCAGGCGAGAAUUCAGGAAGCUACAUUUCAUUGCAAAGGAAGAUGAGGAGGAGGAGGAAGAGGAUGUUGUCUAACAACAAACUGUAAACAAAUGAAACCUUUUUUCUUUUUCUUUGCAACCACGUAAUGAUGGUUGGCUAUGUCUCUAACAUAAGGUGUCUGCGUUUGCCUUUUCUCAGAGAGAGAAGAACUGAUAGAGUUUGUUUUUUCUGGAAUUGGCAGAUACAGUAUUCUCUCUCAGUUAUCUGGGGCAAAGAUUGAAUUUUCAGUGAUUUGGAAAUAAAUUGUAGUUUCUCAUUUUACCACUAAUAUUUAGGAAAAAACCAGGGAAAAUAGAAGUUCUUACUGCUUUUUUUAUAAAUUUGAGCUCAUAUCUAGGGUGAACAUUUGGUCUCGCUCCUUUUUUAAAAAUAGCCAAGAAAACCGUGUUAGAACAAGGUCCUUUUUCUUUUAAUUCUGCGAUGUCUGCCAUUGUGGCAUCCAGUUAGUAAUGCAGCCAGUUGACUACCCAGUUGUGUAAGUUGUGUUGCAUUGUUUACAUCUAAACCAGAACCAAUUAAACCUCUAAAAUGCAGUUCUGCUGGCAAAACUAAAUGCAUGGAUGUCAAUGUGAGUUCAGGGGUGUUAAUCUCUGGAAGUACGUUUUUAUCACGUCAGUUCUCUGAACAGCCGCCAUGUGAAGCUGACUGCUUCCUUCUCCCACCAGACCAGCCGUAAGCAUUGCCUUUUUUGUGUAAUGCAGCUUGUGCAGUAUUUUCAAUUAACUUCCAAGGGUUACGAAUAGGAAUUUUGUAAACAAAUAUAUUGGUGGUGAUAAAGGAGGAGUAAGAUCUCUCAGUGUCAGACUCGGUAGAUGAACAAGUAUUGAUUGCUAAGGAUAUGGGUCAGUCCACCAAACUUGUUAUUUUGGUCUGCAUCUUUAGAAAAUAAUGAGCAACCUCAGAUGAUUUCAGGAACUGUUAACUCACCCGAAGUUUAUGAUAAUACUUCUUUGAAAGUGUGAUUAUGCAUUAAGCUUUCAGAUCUUUAUUGUUAUAGUUUCUUCUACAUUUCUAAAAAUAUAGAGAAAACGUUAUCAGCAGAUGGUUUAAAUAAAUAUUAAUUUCUACAGCCAUAGUCUGUUAAACAUUCAAAAGCCAAACAAAUUGUAUAUGCAUGACAUGUUAAUUUAUUCACAUUUCCACUCCAGCUGAUGCAUUGUUUCUGUCAACAAUAUUUCUUGGCUCCUUUUCACUCUAAUUCUGUAACACAGAAAAAUCUAAUUUUUUAAUAGCAUAUUCAUGGUUUUCAGCACAACUCCAUCUUGAAGUUGCUCUCCCAGCUUUCCUUAAAUGCCAUAUUUGCUACCGUCUCUUUCUAGCAAAUAUGUCUUCACACACAGAUGUUCAUUUUAGUUUCAGCACUGUGUAAAAUGGUGAGUUUCAGCUUGUAGGAAGCGUGCCGUACAGAUGACAUGGUGUUUGUCAUCACAAUCUUAGCUGUGAUGCCUUCCCCAAUGUCAAAACAGCAUAGUCUGCAUUUCCAUCUUAGUUGCCGAUGACGUACAUUCAGUAAGGCAAUCUGGAAGCAUCGAUUCAAUGCAUUGGUAUUAGAAAUCCUGCCUUUAAAAUGCACCUACUUACUUCUCAUAUUGAAAUGUUUGGAAGGGGGACUGAGUUGGUUGUUUAAAGUAAAUCAAUACUCUCUCUAGCAAAGCUCCCGCAUUUCCAAGACCUAGUAAGUUAUGGCUCCCACAGCAACACUAUCUUAGUACAAUUCUGCGUGGACCAGCUCGAUUUGCCCGGGUAAGAAAGAGGACCAACGAUAUAGGGGAAAACAGAGCUCUUCCCUGGAGAUGAAUGAUGUUACUUACAUAGCAGUAAGUAGCUAGCACUCCAUUCAUAAACACAUUUCCCUGCGCUCAGUCUUUCUAGUCUGUAUUGGCCACGCCAUAUUACACCUGAUUAACCACUCGUGUGCCUCCACAUACAGAGACAGAUAGUGGUAAUUUUUUUAUUUAAAAAAAAUUCACGUCGUUUACACUCAAAAGUCCCUAAAAGUUCAGUUGCUGUCUGCUGAUACUA